ACGGUAUCGACGGCCCGGAUGAACCCUUUUUGGGCUAGAUUACUUGUUUCGGAUAAUUGAAAUAGCAGUGCAACGAGUUUGUUCUUUUCUCCUUUUAACGUCGAUGGCGUCGUCGACGACGACCGCCUUUGCGCUGCCGCCCGGCCUCCAUGAUGUCACCAUUGGAACGUCGUUGUCUCGCCUUCUUCGCCAACGCAAGGGCGCACCUGCCAAGCGAUCGAAUAUGCCCCUUCGUGACUUUUAUUCGCUGCGAUACAACUUCAAGCCGUCGUCAGUUGAUACCACAAAAUCCGGUACUCUCGAGGUCCGUAAGAGCCAGGGCGAUAGUGCGUCCGUCACCGUGGAGCACCCCAGCACCCAGGUCAGAGUGCCACUUUACAGCUUUCUCAACCUCACUAACAAGCCACGCAGCCGGGAGAGGUCCAUGUCUUCAAUGGUAACGAGAAUGCAGCCAAGGACUAUGCCUGUGUGCUCAUCUUUGACGAACAGACCGGGAGAUUCUCUCUCGAAAAGCUUGACUCUGUCUUGACUGUCGACUACACUGAAAAGCGAACAGGGGCACCUGUAGA